CCUGCGCGGGUGUGUGGACCGGGGCGGAUCUGUAGUGAUGGUCAAGUUGGCCUCAUAGCCUCCUGAGCUCGGUAAGGGUGGCUUCCUCUCCACCUCGGCGACGGAGAGAGGCUUCCGAGGCGUGCGGGCGCAGGCUGCGCAGCGCCGCGGCGGCAGCCCACGAGCUUCGCGGAGAUUUACUGGCCCCACAUAGUAUUGGAAAAUGCAUAUUAAGUCAGUCGUUCUCGAGGGAUUCAAGUCCUACGCGCAGAGGACUGAAGUGAAUGGCUUCGACCCCCUCUUCAAUGCUAUCACUGGUUUGAAUGGUAGCGGAAAAUCCAACAUACUGGACUCUAUCUGCUUUUUGCUGGGCAUCUCCAACCUAUCUCAGGUUCGGGCUGCUAAUCUACAAGAUUUAGUUUACAAAAAUGGGCAGGCGGGAAUUACCAAAGCCUCUGUGUCAAUCACCUUUGAUAAUUCUGACAAAAAGCAAAGCCCUUUGGGAUUUGAAGUUCACGAUGAAAUCACAGUAACAAGGCAGGUAGUUAUUGGUGGCAGAAAUAAAUAUUUAAUCAAUGGAGUAAAUGCAAAUAACACCAGAGUGCAGGAUCUCUUCUGUUCUGUUGGCCUGAAUGUAAACAAUCCUCAUUUUCUCAUCAUGCAGGGUCGCAUUACAAAAGUACUGAAUAUGAAACCUCCAGAGAUUUUAUCCAUGAUAGAAGAAGCAGCUGGAACCAGGAUGUAUGAAUAUAAAAAAAUAGCUGCCCAGAAAACUAUUGAAAAAAAAGAAGCUAAGCUAAAAGAAAUUCAAAUGAUAGCCUGUAAAAAUGACAUAAGUAAAGCCCAGACAGAGGCCAAGCAGGCUCAAAUGAAGUUGAAACAUGCUCAGCAGGAAUUAAAGAAUAAGCAAGUAGAAGUUAAGAAGAUGGAUAGUGGCUAUAGAAAGGAUCAAGAAGCUCUAGAAGCUGUGAAAAGACUGAAAGAAAAACUUGAAACAGAAAUGAAAAAGUUAAAUUAUGAAGAAAAUAAGGAAGAAAAUCUUUUGGAAAAGCGCAGGCAGUUGUCUCGUGAUAUCAGUAGAUUGAAAGAAAAGUAUGAAGCUCUCUUGGCCAGAUUUCCCAAUCUGCAGUUUGCAUACAAAGAUCCAGAGAAGAACUGGAAUAGAAAUUGUGUGAAAGGACUGGUAGCUUCUUUGAUUAGUGUGAAAGAUACUUCUACAAUUACGGCCUUAGAAUUGGUAGCUGGGGAACGGCUCUACAAUGUUGUUGUAGACACAGAGGUUACAGGUAAAAAGCUACUAGAAAAAGGAGAACUGAAACGUCGUUACACUAUAAUUCCACUCAAUAAAAUUUCAGCCAGAUGUAUUGCUCCAGAAACUUUGAGAGUUGCUCAGAAUCUUGUUGGUCCUAAUAAUGUUCAUGUGGCUCUUUCGCUGGUUGACUAUAAACCAGAACUUCAGAAAGCAAUGGAAUUUGUCUUUGGAACAACAUUUGUUUGUGACAAUAUGGAUCAUGCUAAAAAAGUGGCCUUUGAUAAAAGGAUAAUGACUAGAACUGUAACUUUAGGGGGUGAGGUAUUUGAUCCUCAUGGAACAUUGAGCGGAGGUGCUCGAUCUCAGGCUGCUUCUAUUUUAACCAAGUUUCAAGAACUCAAAGAUGUUCACGAUGAGCUGAGGAACAAGGAGAAAGAGCUCCAAGCUCUAGAGGAGGAAUUGGCACACCUUAAAAAUACUGCUGAAAAGUAUCGCCAACUAAAACAGCAGUGGGAAAUGAAAGGAGAGGAAGCAGAUUUAUUACAAACAAAGCUCCAGCAAAGCUCAUAUCAUAAGCAACAAGAAGAAUUAGAUGCUCUUAAAAAAACUAUUGCGGAAAGUGAAGAGACCUUAAAAAACACCAAAGAAAUCCAAAAAAAAGCAGAAGAAAAAUAUGAAGUAUUAGAGAAUAAAAUGAAAAAUGCAGAAGCUGAGAGAGAAAAAGAACUAAAGGAUGCUCAGAAAAAACUGGAUUGUGCCAAGACAAAGGCAGAUGCAUCUAGCAAAAAAAUGAAAGAAAGACAACAGGAAGUUGAAGCUAUCACUCUGGAGCUUGAUGAGCUCCAGAGAGAGCAUGCGUCCUGUAAACAACAGCUUGAAGCUGUAAAUGAAGCUAUCAAAUCCUAUGAAGGUCAGAUUGAAGUAAUGGCAGCUGAGGUAGCUAAAAAUAAGGAGUCAGUCAAUAAAGCUCAAGAGCAGGUAACCAAGCAAAAAGAAAUGAUAACAGCCCAGGACAGUGUAAUUAAAGCCAAAUAUGCAGAAGUGGUGAAACAUAAAGAGGAAAACAAUGAUUCUCAACUUAAAAUUAAGGAGUUAGACCACAUCAUCAGCAAACACAAACGGGAAGCUGAAGAUGCUGCUUUGAAGGUAACCAAAAUGUUAAAAGAUUAUGACUGGAUUAAUGCAGAGAAGCAUCUCUUUGGCCAGCCCAAUAGUGCCUAUGAUUUCAAAACUAACAACCCCAAAGAAGCUGGCCAGCGACUUCAGAAGUUGCAAGAGAUGAAGGAGAAACUGGGAAGGAAUGUCAACAUGCGAGCUAUGAGUGUGCUGACAGAAGCUGAAGAGCGGUAUAAUGACUUGAUGAAGAAGAAGAGAAUUGUAGAAAAUGAUAAAUCUAAAAUCCUUGCAACUAUAGAAGACCUUGACCAGAAGAAAAACCAAGCCCUAAAUAUUGCCUGGCAAAAGGUGAACAAAGAUUUUGGGUCUAUUUUUUCUACUCUUUUGCCUGGUGCCAACGCGAUGCUUGCACCACCAGAGGGGCAAACUGUUUUGGAUGGUCUGGAGUUCAAGGUUGCCUUGGGAAAUACGUGGAAAGAAAACCUAACUGAGCUUAGUGGUGGUCAGAGGUCCCUAGUGGCUUUAUCGUUGAUAUUGUCCAUGCUCCUCUUUAAACCUGCUCCAAUCUAUAUCUUGGAUGAAGUAGAUGCAGCUUUGGAUCUCUCUCAUACCCAAAAUAUUGGACAAAUGUUACGAACUCAUUUCACACAUUCGCAGUUCAUUGUGGUAUCCUUAAAAGAAGGUAUGUUCAACAACGCAAAUGUUCUUUUCAAAACCAAGUUUGUGGAUGGAGUUUCUACAGUGUCCAGAUUUACUCAGAGUCAGAACGGAAGGGUUCCAAAGGAAACAAAUUCCAAGGCAAAAGGACCCAAAUGAGCACAUGCUAGAAGUUUAAAGUUCAAACUUAUUCCUAAACGUUGACUUUUUUUUUUUUUAAACAUAAUCUUUCAAGAACUUGGAAUGUUAAGUUUUUAUAUAAUAAUAAUGUUACUCUGUUACCUAGCUACUUUCUCUGUUUGUAUCAUCCCUUGUAAAUGAACACAGAUUGUUCUCUAUUAAUUGGUGCACCUAUGGUCCAGUUACUGUGGUUAUAGUUCACUGUACAUCAUCAAAUUGUUUUCCUCUACAAAUCUUUUAUAUUAUAGCGCUUAAUAGACGUGUUGUACGCACAAGAAAAAAUGCAAAGAAACAGAUGAAAUAGGAUUAAUAGCUGAUAGUCAGCUUUUAAUUAAUUCCUAAAGCCAGAUUAAGUAUGUUCUGUUGCUUAAAAAAUCACUUAACUAAGAACAAAUUAUAAAGCAAGUAGAAGGGAACACAGAGCUAAUAUACAUGUAUCGAAGUAUUGCAAGUUAGUCCCUUGAAGACACAAUGCCAGAUUCCACUAUGGGAGAAGAUCUUGAGAAGAUUUCAGUGUUUUAAUAUUGAUGAGAUAUCAUGUUUCCCAAUGCAUAAUUGGUCUCUACAACCUUGAUUUCUUUUGUCUUUUAAAGAUUUGUGACUAUUUUAUAGCGAUCUGGAAGAAGCAUGCUUCAUGGUGCUCUCUGGAUUAUUUGGUCUCAGUAUUUUUAAAGUUUUUUAGAUUAUUAUUUAUAAUCUAAAUAAUAAUCUAUCACUGAUUGAGAAUGUAGGGCUCAACAGACUAUAAGUUUUUUCUUGAGUCUGGUAAGUGUAUAGAUUGAUCUAUUAACAAAAUCUUGAAAGCAUAAUGAUUUUAAGUGUACAUUCUGUUCUCUCUUUCAGAGGAAUGCAGUGUAUCAAACACUGUAAGAAUUCUGUUUAUAGCUUUUGUUUUCUCUAGGUACAUCAUUAAAAUAGUGUGUCUGUAGUCUGAAUCCUGAAAGUUAUUAUAUGACCUAAUCUGACCUUGGUUGUGUUAUUUUGGCCUCAUAUCCCUUCCUGAUACUUGACUCUUAGUUCCUAAAUGCAUCCUUUGUCUCAUACAUGUCAUACUUCUUGGUUCUGGAAUUGACAUUUCUUGGAGUUUGCUGCCAUACCUAUCUGUUAUGUAAUUCCUGAGUAAUUGCUAUUAUGGGACAGGUUGAAAUGGGUUUAAUCUAGAAUUAGUUCUGUCUACGUGUGAGGGAAAAGAGAUACAACAGUAAAUGCUGAGCUGCCGGAAGUCCAGUGUUUUUUGCUUCUUUCAGAAGCUAGCAGAUUAUUCACCAGAAUAGUUGUAUGUAUGCACAUAAUUGUCAAUAAAAUAUAACAUGCAAGUUUGAUCACAGACUAGUCAAUACUGGCAGUUAAUUUCAGUGCUUGUAACAGAUGCAGCAGUUACAAAGCAAUACUUGCUAUUUUAGCCACGUUUUUAAAAAUAAUUUUGAGUGUGAGUAUUUUGCCAUAUGUACUGAUUUCCUUUUCU